AUGUCGAAUUUUAAUAAUACAACUAUAGAAGGAAAUUCAAGUUCAUUGUCAAAUUAUGAAAUUUCUCCAUUGAUUCGAUUUUGGUCUUAUCUUUUUCUUGAUAUAAUAUCUAUCAAAUGUACUCUAUUCGUGCUUUAUUAUCUUCUCUUUGAUCGUACACAUCGUCAAGCUCUUCAUAAUCAUAUUAUAAUUGUUCUUCUUUUUAUUGGUCUUAUUUAUGAAUUAACCGAUAUACCAUGGAUUCUCUAUUAUAAUUAUUGGGGUGUACCAAUGUUUUCAACAGUAACAUUUUAUUUAAUUUGGGUAUUUGUUGAUUAUGCAUUUUAUUCUGCUCAAAUAGCAUUAUUUGCUUGGGCUACUGUAGAACGACAUAUACUCAUUUUUCAUGAUAGAUGGAUAUUAACUAGAAAGAAACGUUUAUUUAUUCAUUAUGUUCCCAUAGCAGUCAUACCUAUAUAUUGUUUUAUAUUUUAUUGUUUUAUUUAUUUUAGUUCAUUUUGUGAAAAUUCAUUUGAUUCAUUCGUAGCUGGUGGUAUCUAUAUACCUUGUCUAUUUAGUCGAACUAUUUUAGGAUCAUGGGAUUUAAUUGUUCAUCAAGUUAUUCCAACACUUACGAUAGUCAUUUUUAGUUUUCUUCUUAUAUUACGUGUAAUACGACAAAAACAACGAUUAAAUCAACCAAUUAAAUGGCGAAGACAUCGAAAGAUGACAAUUCAAUUAUUAUCUAUUUCAUGUAUUUAUUUAUUAUUUAAUUUUCCAUGGACAUUUUUAGUUUUUGCUUUUCAAUAUGGUUUACCAGCUGAUAUUGCUUAUAUUCCAUUAUUAUAUGCUGGAUAUCUUUAUUAUUAUGUUUUAUUUCUAUUUCCAUUUGUAUGUUGUGGAUCAUUGCCUGAAUUACGAAAAAAAUUCGUUGAAAAACUUUUUUCAUGUCGACGACGGCAACAAAAACAACAAAAAAAAACUUCUUCAAGCGCGCUUACAUCAAAUACAUCUAAGAAUAGAAAUUCUCAAGUACAAAAAACAAUUCGUUAA